AUGACCACUCCAGACUACAAGUUCCACCCACAGAGAAAGUCCACCAUCAUCACAGCGCCCUUCUCUGGCGGCCAGCCCAAGGGCGGCGUGGACCUCGGACCAAAGUACAUUCUCGAAGCUGGGUUUGAGAAGCAGCUCCAGGGGUUGGGUUGGAACACUUCGGUGACUCACCCACUUGAGGGACACACUUUUGAGCAGUUCAAAACGAACGACAAGGACUCCUACGGCGUCAAGAACACCAAGAUCGUGUCUGACUGCAACAAGCUCAUCUUUGAGGCGUGUCUCGAUGCCCACAAGGCCAACUCGCUUCCGGUGGUGAUUGGAGGAGACCACUCGAUUGGAACCGCUACAGUGGCUGCUGCAUUGGAGAACAACCCAGACACUUGUGUGUUGUGGAUCGACGCACACGCCGAUAUCAACUCUCCCAAGACCACGGACUCAGGCAAUUUGCACGGGUGCCCCAUGUCGUUUGUAUUGGGCAUCGACAAGGAGUCGUACCCACCAGAGUUCAGCUGGGUGCCUUCAAAAUUGAAGCCCGGCAAAAUCGCCUACAUUGGCUUGAGAGACGUCGACGCCGGUGAAAAGGCCAUUUUGAAAAAGUACAACGUCCCUGCUUUUUCCAUGUACCACGUGGACAAGUACGGCAUUGGCAAGGUGGUGGAGAUGGCCUUGGACAAGGUCAACCCAGACCGUAAGUUCCCCAUCCACUUGUCAUACGACGUGGAUGCCAUAGACCCUUCCUUUACGCCCGCAACAGGCACUAGAGUCGAGGGUGGCUUGACGUUGAGAGAGGGCUUGUUUGUCGCCGAGGAUGUGGCUCAGACCGGUCUCUUGAGCUCCCUCGACGUUGUGGAGACAAACCCUCUUUUGGGUGAGCACGAGAACCACGUUCUCGAUACGGUAAGUGCCGCCUGUGCCAUUGGCAGGUGUGCCAUGGGUGAGACGUUGCUUUAG